AUGUCUGUGGAUCCCAUUACGUGCCAUAUUCUAGACACCUGUUUGGGUAAGCCUGCAGCUGGAGUUACAUGCUCAAUCUAUUAUCUAUCCCCGCUUGUUGAUGACAAGUCUAAUGCUGCUGCUUAUGAUCUUGAGGAGCCUGCUGCACCUUUCGCAAUGAGCAAAACGGAUAACGAUGGGAGAAUUAAGCAAUGGGUUAUAAACCCUAAAUUGGACUCCACCGUGAAAUCAACCCUCAAACUUUAUGAUGGCCGUUGGCAUGAAUUAACACCCGGGAUUUACAAAAUCAAGUUCUUGACUGGCAAAUAUUUCCAUGAAUUGAAUGAAACCAGUAGAACUUUCUUUCCCUUCGUUGAAAUUACCUUUCAAAUUGAUAAUCCGCCUGAUCACCACUAUCAUGUGCCGUUACUUUUGAGUAAUCACAGCUAUUCGACUUACAGGGGAAGCUAA